CACAUUUGAAAUUGAAUAACAGAGCGGAAUUUGCACAGAAUUUCAAGUAACGAUUUACACGAUUUCAUUCAUACAUAAAUACACGUCAAAAUGUUCGUCAAUGAUGGUAAUAAUGAUCAUGUGCGGCCAAUUCUGUAUUAUGACGAAAUAAAUCCGCAUUCGCGUGCCGUUUUAAUGAUUUUGAACAUGUUGGAUGUCGACGUUGAGCUGAGACCAAUCGAGAUGGUCAGAGGUGAACACUUGAAGCCUGCAUAUUCGAAGAUCAAUCCGGCACACACCGUGCCCACUCUGGUAUACAAGGAUCUUGCCAUUACUGGCAAUGCCAUAUUCUCUUAUGUUUGUGAGAAUAACGAUAACGAGAAAGCGAGUCAAUUGAUUGCUUUGAAAUGCUACAAACGGCAUUGCUGCAUCAUGUCCAGAUUGUUUUUCGAGAGCCAAGUGUUGCAUCGCAUCCAUGGGCAUUUAAUGACGGACUUAGUGCGACAAACAAUUUUUCAAUCAGAUAUUGAAUAUCAUCAGAAGAAAGUGGAACAUGCCUAUGAUGUUAUGGAAGCGUAUUUGAAUGAUGGUGCCUUUAUGGCGGGAUCAGUGUUGACUGCAGCUGAUAUAUCCUUUCUCGCUUGCCUCGGUGCCUUGGACAUGAUGUUUCCCAUCGAUGUAGAUCGCCAACGAUGGCAGAAGUUGAAUGAUUGGUUCAGACGCAUGCGUUCGCUGUCAAUUCAAAAAAUCAACUCAAAUGGCAUUGAGAAGCAACGUCAAAUUGUCGAACAUUUUUCUAAAUUCCCAUUCACAUCCGACGUUAAACGCUUUACUAUUGGAGUGCGCGACUCACUCAUACCGCGAUUUCCAGUGCGACCCGACCGUUGCAGUGUGAGCGUACAAACGGUGGACCGUCAAGAAAUCACGGCUAAUACUGGGCAACAUUUGGAAGAUACUUUGCAUCAGAAUGUGCAGCCAGAACCGAGCGGCACAAGUGACAGAGAUGGAUCAAGAAGUACACCGACAGAAGAUAUAGAUUUAAUUUCAGCUAAUAAAACCGUUAAGGUUCCUACGGAAGAAAUGACAAAAAUAUUGACGAGUCCACUCAAUGAAAAUCCGCUACCAGCGCCAGUGAGCACAGAAGCCCCCAACUAUCCGCCGCCACCUCCGAUUGAACAAGAAAGGAUAGAACCUAUGGAUAUGCCGGUUGUGACAGGACAGUAUCUACACGUUCGAAAAGGUCCAAUUUCUGCUGGAAGCUUUGUUGGCGCACACAAAGUGAAGCCCCCAGUGCCACCGAAGCGGAAGAAAAAUGUGACAUCAACUGCUGUAUCACCGCCAGGGGAAAAUGCUAGAGCAAAGAAGGCAAUAAUUAUGGAAGCAGAAAAUCAGUUGCAUAGUUUAACCCGUUUGAAUGGUGGCAUUGAAUCCACGGUUCUUAUAGAAGUGCCACAAGAAAAGGGUAUAAUAAUCCCACCACUCAUUGUUUCUCGUCUGAUUUCGUCCACUGAUUUGGCAGGCGCAAAUCUUACCACAAAAAAAUCGGAAACUACAAUGACUGCUCAAGAGGUGAAUUUAUCGGACAUUGACAACGAAGAAUUUUCUAAAGCUAGUCAGAAACUAAUAUCAACGGUGUCUGAUUUCCUACCUCCCCCUUUGCUGAUUAACGACAAACAAGUGGCCCUCAGCUAUAACCGUGGUACCGCUGCUCCUAAUUUGAUGUUGGCAGUACCACCACCAUCACCAGAAAAUCACUCACAGGACGAAAAAUUGGAAGACCAAUUUCCGCCGCCACCAUCAGAACUGCUAAUACCAAAGCCGACAUCACGUGCAAAAGCGCCACGGAGCACAAAACUUGUCUGCGUCAAAGGAGCAGGUGAAUCCAAUGAGAAAGCCUUGAGGAAGGCAAGUGGAGCAAAGCCUGCUAGUACAAACGAGGGUACAACAAGACAUGCUGGAAAGAUAUUCAGUGAUUCAAAAUCGCUUGCGGCUAGAAAAUCUUUACCGCCAGAAUCCAAAAUACGCAAACCCACGAGGAAAGUGAAUCGUGGUGGAUUAUUUGCAAGUGGAACAAAAUCUCCAUGCUCCAAUAUUUCUCAAGCGUCUUUGUUAGCGCAACAGAAUAGAAAUGUUUCGACAAAAGAAGCAAAAUCUGUUUGGAAGAAAAUGCCGGUAAAGAUCUUGCCAAAUGCGAAGAUCAUGGACAAGAAAACUGCGCCACCUAACAGCGGUUCGGGAAUAAAAACAUUAGACAGCACGGAGUCCACUGCAAAAGGAAUACAAAAGGCGAGCGGCCGUAUCGCCAAAUAUAAUGGAAUAAAAGUCUUCAAGCCAAAAAAUAACGAAAAACAGCAAAGAGUUGAGGGAGGCGGUCAAGCGGCUUUUAAAGGGAAAACUUUGUCACCUGCAGCUGAUGUUGUCACUGAGUUUUUAAGUUCUAAGGUGGAUAAAUUGGACAAAUCUACUACAGAAGUAGUAGAUAAGCCGAAAAAGAAAGAAGGGUCUGCUUCAACGACAAACAGAAUACAGUCGAACACUGCCAGCUCUCCUUCACCAACUAAAAAUUUCGAUACUAGUCCAUUUAUGCCGGGUCUAGAAUUUAUCAAAAGCCCAGCCAAGAAGGUAGGAGAAAGAAAGUUAAUAGGUAAAAUGAGAAGGAAGAAAGUAUCGAAAGUAGUAAGCCAACAAGUAACCAACCAACGGCAACUUUCACCACCUGUGCCUUUGACCGUUACAGCACCAGAGAUUAUUGAACAACAAAUUGAAGUACUGAACGACUCGCUCGAGCAAACAACACUGUCAUCCGCAUUAACAUCUCCGCAACACAAUGUAGCGGAGCGGAGUGCGGAUGCGCCAGUGAGUGUGGGCUUAGUUGCUAAACUCCUGCAGGCAUUGGGAGCCGCAACGGCAAACGCGACUCCACCUAGUUACCAAACAAAUAAAGAAUUACCUCCCUCACCACCUCCUGCACUGCCACCUCUACCAUCUGAGACAUUUUAUCAAGAUUUACCAAUGCCCUUACCACCGCUACCACCACCGCCAACAUCAAACUUUCCACCAAACGAUGCAUUGCCACAAGCAGGUACUGUCGCAAAGGCACUCCAAUCGUUGAGUGCUGUAACAGCAGAUACGAAACCGAUAUGCGGUACACUCAAGCCUUUCCACAAAGUUGAGCUUCAGACGAAAGCUCCCGAAAAACCAGUGCCGUCCGAGGUGAUUAGUGCAGUACCAAAAGGAAGUAUUCCUUGCGUAGCUGAAGAAUCAAAACCAUUAGCAGAAAUACUCACAGCGACCGUACAACAUCUACAUAGGGAUAAUAUUGACAAAGCUGAGAAAACGGUGUUGAUUGACGAUAAGCAAUCUUUAAAGAAAAAUAAAACUGAUUCUGAUGUACUCUUAGUAAAGGAGAAUCCUGUUACAGAGAAGCUAGAGCUUCAUAAAAUUGAAAGUGUGAAACCAGUGCCUUAUACUAUGGGAAUGCCCCCAACUUGUGUGAAUUUUCUAAUGGACGAUCUCUUGGUGCACGAAAAUGCACAGAAAGAACAAAAAGAGUUAAACAUACCCGAGAAGUCAUUGAAAGAAACAUUGUUGCUAUCAGCAAGAGAGGAAAUAAUCAGUCAAACACAGCCGACGCAUGCACCGGAUUUUUCAUCAUCCGCAAUUACUGGGAUUCCGAAAUUGCCUAAAGGUUUAGUUAAAACCACGGAUGCUUCUAAAUAUCUUUCGCAAGAUCCAAAAAAUUACCGUUAUAUUUUAGGCAGAGCGAUGAUAGAAGACGGUCUUGAAUAUAUGGAGCUUACACCACUGCACAGACAACCGAAUAUUUUUAUUACAGGCUAUACACGUGUUCAACCGAAAACUAUAGAUUCCCUUUUUGUCGGCAGAGGACGCCCAACGAGUGUUUCUAUGCCAAACACUUUCGGAGUCCGCCCGAAAGGUCUAUGUACUCACGGUCCUUCCGCAAAUGUAGUGCUCUCAACUUUUGGUUAUACACCCAUGUCUGAGUUGGAGUCGAUACCAGAAAAUCUCUUACCACCGAAUGUUAAGCCGAUAUAUGAUAAAAUUUUGGGAGCACCGUCGAAGGUGGCGUCCACCAGCAAUGUAAUGUCAAUUACCGAUACAACAACAACAUCAGCGUCAUUAACACCGAUCACACCUAAGUCGGAAAUUGAACAAAUGCAGAUAUACAGUUCACGCAUAAAAUCCGAGAGACCUUAUCCGACAGCGCACAGAAGUCGCACUGACCGAGCAAACGAGCGAGGUAUCAACAUCAAUGGUCGAGUAGUUUAAUCAAAAGUCCUUAAGAUUUUAAAUCUUUGACGAGAGUGUUCAAAUAUUACAUGGAAAUUAACUCCUAGGUACAUUUGCUUAUAUUAUGUGCUUCAGGAUAUAGGCUAAAACUUAAACUCAUUUGCAUAAUAUGUCCUAUGGUGUCCUAGUUGUACAAUGAAAAUCAAACAAAAAUAAAGAAAUCAAUGUAGAACGGAAACAUUUCAGGAAUACUCCCUUCUUUAGGAUACAAAUAGAGGUGAAAAUUUCAAGAGGUGACAGGUCUUGGCGCUUUUCGUAAAUACUUUUACUUAAGUUGCAGUUAUAUUUGGGGUUACUUUUUCUGAAAAAGCUCUUCCUUCGGUCUCUCAAUGCAGCAUCUCUCCAUGCAUCUCUCUCACGUUUCGAAGUCACAAAGCGAACACUACGAUGAUUAUUACAGUACAUUGAUUCUACUUUCCAAAAGCAUCAUGUUAAACAAGAAUGACCAGCAAUGAAAUCGGUUAAUAAUAUCCUGGAAGUGGAGGUGUUCCUGCACAUUUGGCUGCUUAAAAGUCAAGGCGUGGCGUGUCUUACUUGGAGCAAGAUAUUACUUUAAUUCAAUAAUAGGACGUGUUGGGAUAAUUUUACGACGUAGUGGACAUGAAUCUUCCCUCCAUUUCCAUAUAUUCGACUUGAUUUUUGGACGUUCGAUCUUAGGAUAGCUAAGAAGCUCCAAUGAAAUCCAUUAGCCUUAGUUCAUUUGGAAGAUUUUGUUGCGGCAAUGGGGUUGUCUUCUAGAGCAAAUCCAACAAGUAAUGUUUAUUUUUGUAUAGCUUCCGUCUAUAACAUGUUGGGGUUCUCAUCGUAGGCUUUUCGUCUUCGAUGAUCCUUAUUAUCUACUUUUCGAGCGAAUUGAGAACGCAUCUUUCAAGUACAGUUUAUCUAUUUAUUAUAUAUUAAAUGAAGUUUGGAUUGAUCAGGAGUUGUAUUUAUCGAUGUUGGGAAGUGCAAAACUGAAACUCCUCUCAAACAUUGGCAACCCCUUACUGCGCUCUCCCAUUCUCAAUGGCUCGUUAAAAUAACACGUAUCCUUUUCAUCAAACACCAAAGUACUCUACAUGGACAAUAAAACACCAGCGACUCACAGUCAUAAACGAAGUGAGAAUAAUGUCCAAAAGCUGAUAAUAAAAGCCUAGACAAUAAUUUUCGAGCAGCAAACAAUAAACACAAAACCAA